CAACGAGGCAGUCGCAUUCCAAGACAUUUCCAAAGCUGCAACUAACCACUGAAGAAAGAAAUAGUUAACCAUGAUGCUCUCAAGGACCAAGCCGGCCACUGGGCCUGGCUCAAGCACACCUGCCAAGGACCAGAAGAAGAAAAAGAAGCUUCCAAAACUAGAAGACUUUCUUCAGGGUAGAGACUAUACAGGAGCCAUCACUCUGCUUGAGUUUAACCGCAAUACAGGAAAAGGUAACGAAGAAACAGAUUUCUGGAUUGCCUUCUGUGCUUUUCAUUUGGGUGAUUACAAGAGAGCAAUGGAAGAAUAUGAGAGGAUGACACAUCGCGAUGGCUGUCAUCCAGAUGUGUGGACCAACUUGGGCUGCUGUUACUUCUUCCUGGGCAUGUACCCAGAGGCCGACAGGGCUGCUCAGAGAGGACCAAAGAGCCGCUUACAGAACCGCCUCCUGUUUCAUCUCUCUCAUAAGUUUAAUGAUGAGAAACGCCUGAUGGGUUAUCACCAGAACCUCCAGGACAUUAUUGAGGAUCAACUGUCUUUAGCCUCAAUUCACUACCUGAGGAGUCAUUACCAGGAGUCCAUAGAUAUAUACAAGAGGAUACUUCUAGACAACAGAGAUUACCUUGCAUUGAAUGUUUAUGUGGCUCUCUGUUACUACAAGUUAGAUUACUAUGAUGUGUCUCAGGAGGUACUUGCAGUCUAUCUCCAGCAGCAACCUGACAGUGCCAUUGCCCUCAACCUAAAGGCCUGUAACCACUUUAGGUUAUACAAUGGUAAAGCUGCAGAGGCAGAACUGAAGAGCCUUCAAGACAUGGCCUCUCCCUCAUUCUUGUUUGCGAGAGAUCUCAUCAAACAUAAUUUGGUUGUGUUUCGAAGCGGUGAAGGAGCACUGCAAGUGUUACCUCCCUUGAUUGAUGUUAUUCCAGAAGCUCGACUUAACCUUGUGAUAUAUUAUCUUAAACAAGAUGAUGUGAUUGAGGCAUACAACCUCAUCAAGGACCUUGAACCAACCACACCACAGGAGUACAUUCUGAAGGGUGUUGUUAAUGCUUCACUGGGACAGGAACAGGGCUCUAGAGAACACCUGAAGAUUGCCCAGCAGUAUUUCCAGUUGGUAGGAGGAUCAGCCAGUGAAUGUGACACAAUUCCUGGCAGACAGUGCAUGGCCUCAUGUUUUUUCUUGCUCAAACAGUUUGAAGAUGUCCUUAUCUAUCUCAACUCUGUCAAGAGUUACUUCUACAAUGACGACAGUUUCAACUUCAACUAUGCUCAAGCCAAAGCAGCUGUUGGGAAUUUCAAAGAGGCUGAAGAGGUGUUCAUGUUGAUCCAGAGUGAUAAGAUCAAGCAGGACUACACCUACCUCAGUUGGUUGGCAAGAUGUUGUAAACAUAAUGACAGAAAAGCACGGCUGGCCUGGGAGCUCUAUCUUAAAAUGGAGACGUCAGCAGAGUCCUUCAGUCUGCUACAGCUGGUCGCCAAUGACUGCUACAAGAUGGGCCAGUUCUAUUAUGCAGCCAAAGCUUUUGAUGUCCUGGAGAGACUUGACCCUAACCCUGAGUACUGGGAGGGUAAGAGAGGAGCCUGUGUGGGUGUGUUCCAGCUUAUCAUAGCAGGCCAUGAGCCAAGGGACAAGCUUCAUGAGAUCCUCCAGAUUCUGCGUAAUACCACCAACCCUCAGGUGGAAUACAUCACCCGCACGAUGAAAAAAUGGGCCCGGGAAAACAAAGUCCCAGUUUAGAUUUGCUCAUGCUGUCUUAUUACUGUGUUACCACUUUCUGUCCAACUAUUCGCAAAUUUAGAAGUCAUUCUCUCUCUGUAUAGACAUCAUAUAUGAUCUUUGCAUUUAGUUGAUGGUCAUGUACAUAUACAUUUAAAUUUUUUUACAGACAAAAUAAUACUUGUCUUGUGCAUAUUGAACAAAAGCACAUGUAUUGUGUGUAUAUUACAUGUACAUUUCUUCAUUUAGCUUUACAACAACAAAACAUGCUAGUGCGUAUUAAAACUAUCUGAUAUUCUGUCACACUGUUAACCAUCAAUGUACCUUGGAACAGGUGUAUGUUACAUGUACAUGUAUGCAGUAUGAUCCCAUGACCCCUUAUUACUGGGAACAUCGUUGAUGAGGCCGGGUACACCGUCUGAUUCAGCAAAGGUUAAGUUUCAUUAAUGUACACCAAUUCAGCCUUAUAAGUCAGAUGCUUUGUCUGACUGUUCAAUUCUUAGUUCAAUUAAAUUAAACAUUGAGGUCUAUUUUCAGCAUUUUCUGAUAUUUACCUGCCUUAGCAGGUUUGUCUUGUCCUUCUGUCUGCCUCAGCAGGUAAAUAUCAGAAAUUGUUGAAAAUGACCUCAGCGUUUAAUUUAUUUGAACCAUUUUAUCUGAUUUAUCCAGUAUUUUCUUCUCUCUUUGCCUCUCUUUUGCACGUCAUUUGCUUCCAAUUCUGUUUUUUCAGGUAGACUUCUAACACACACUUAAUACACACAUUACCAGACGUCAGAGUUUGAGAUGACACUGUGCUUUUAAGAGCUGCCUCUUUGGCCUUAAGAGCUUGAUAACUUCAUUUUGAAAGUCAGUGUGAGUUUGUUUCACUGCUUUCACCUUGUCAUGAUUCUGUUUGUCUUGUCUUUCUGUCCGUCCAUCCAUCCAUCC